AAAUCUAAAAAAAAAGUUGAGCUGCUUUAGCUCUCUAUUUCUCUCCCUAGGUUUACAUCACUAAACACAAGUGCUUAACUGUUUCUCAGCUCUAAUUUCCUCUCUCUCUCCCUUUCUUUUUCAUUACACAAAAAUACAGACAGUCAGAUUUCUUAUUUAUUUAAUUCCUCAUCUCUCUCUCUCACUUCGUUUCAUAUCUCAAACAGCAGCAGCAGAGCAAGAGAGAGAGAGUGUGAGGCAGAGAGAGAAAGAAGGCGAAGAAGAGAGAAAGGAAGGAGAAGAAGAAGAAGACGACAUCGCGAUACAGUUUAUAGCAGGAAACACUCCACAGAAACAAACAGGAACCUCUCCCCUUCCUUUCUCUUCCUUCUUCCAUUCCCAAACGUCUGUGUUGGCAUUUUUUUUGGAUCUACUGCCGCAUUUGGAUGUGAGGGCGAUAAAUAGGCGCGGGAGGAGGAGGAGGAGCAGCUGAAAUACUAACUUCGAUCAGAUCGGCAGAUGGCGGACGCUUCCGGCGAAGGCGAGGCGUUCCCCUUGCUGAACGGCGGUACUCCUGUAUUUGCUACGAAUGCUGCUGUUGGAACGCCGACUUCGGCGGCACCGCCACUGGCGCCGCCGCUCACGGUGUCGGGAUCCUUCAAGGAAGGUCCCAAGAGCUCGUCGAGGAGGAGGACGGCCGCCGUCAGGAGGAGCUUCGACGCUGAUAAUGAGUUCAUGACCUUGCUUCACGGCUCGGAUCCGGUCAAGGUCGAGCUCAAUCGGCUCGAGAACGAAGUUAGAGAUAAGGACAGAGAGCUUAGCGAAGCUCAAGCGGAGAUCAAGGCGCUGAGGCUAUCGGAACGACUUCGAGAGAAGGCCGUUGAAGAGCUCACUGAUGAACUCUCAAAGGUGGAUGGAAAGCUGAAAUUGACCGAAUCCCUUCUAGAAAGCAAGAAUCUGGAAAUUAAGAAGAUCAACGAUGAGAAAAGAGCUUCCAUGGCUGCUCAGUUUGCAGCUGAAGCUACUCUCAGAAGAGUUCAUGCUGCUCAAAAGGAUGAUGAUAUGCCUCCAAUAGAGGCUAUUCUUGCUCCUCUGGAGGCUGAGCUUAAGCUUGCUCGCUUGGAGAUAGCAAAACUUCAAGAUGAUAACAAAGCAUUGGAUCGACUAACCAAAUCGAAAGAAGCUGCAUUGCUUGAAGCUGAGAGGACUGUUCAGGUUGCCAUGGCUAAGGCCUCCAUGGUGGAUGAUCUCCAAAAUAAGAACCAGGAGUUAAUGAAGCAGAUAGAAAUUUGCCAGGAAGAGAAUAAGAUUUUGGACAAAAUGCAUAGGCAAAAGGUUGCUGAGGUUGAAAAACUUACACAAACUGUAAGGGAACUGGAAGAGGCAGUGCUUGCUGGUGGUGCUGCAGCCAAUGCUGUGAGGGAUUAUCAGCGGAAAGUUCAAGAGAUGAAUGAGGAAAGGAAAACCUUAGAUCGGGAAUUGGCUCGAGCAAAGGUAACCGCAAACAGGGUGGCAACAGUAGUAGCAAAUGAAUGGAAAGAUGCUAACGACAAAGUGAUGCCUGUAAAACAAUGGCUUGAAGAGCGGAGGUUUUUGCAGGGGGAGAUGCAACAACUCCGCGACAAACUCAACAUAGCUGAGCGAACUGCAAAAUCUGAAGCACAGUUGAAAGAGAAAUAUCAGUUGCGGCUCAAAGUUCUGGAAGAGACCUUGAGAGGGUCUUCAAGUAGUAGCAGUCGCAGUGCAUCAGAUGGAAGGAGUGCAAGUAAUGGGCCAUCACGGCGCCAAUCCUUGGGCGGAGCUGAUUACCUAUCGAAAUAUACCUCCAACGGCUUUCUCCCCAAGAGAUCUCCAUCAACCCAGAGAGCUAUGUCUUCUAGUACCAGUGCUGUGCUGAAGCAUGCUAAAGGAACAUCAAAAUCAUUUGAUGGGGGCACGAGGUCACUGGACAGGGGUAGCAAAGUCCUCCUCAAUGGAGGUAGCCCAAACUGUUCAUUCAACCAGCCCACAGAUGUUUCCAAGGAUACAGAGGCCUCAAAUACUUGGAAAGGAAAUCCAGAUGAGAAGCCUGCGGACUUCCCUCCAGUAGACAGAGAAGACAAAGUUCCUGGGAUGUUGUAUGAUUUGCUGCAGAAAGAGGUUGUUUCUUUAAGGAAAGCUGGUCACGAAAAAGAUCAAAGCCUCAAAGAUAAAGAUGAUGCCAUUGAGAUGCUAGCAAAGAAGGUAGAAACAUUAUCCAAAGCUAUGGAGGUUGAGGCAAAGAAGAUGAGAAGAGAAGUAGCUGUGAUGGAGAAGGAGGUUGCUGCCAUGCGAGUGGACAAAGAACACGAAAAUAGAGCAAAGCGGUUCAGUCACUCAAAGAGCACCGUGUCUGCUGCCCACUUGCUUCCUGGAAGAAGCGUAGGACGUGGCGGGUUAACACGCAGCACUCAAUAACACAUGUAGAAGUCCAUGUCUCAGCUUUUGCCAAAUCAGCAAAGGAGUGAAUGAAAACGUCUUCUUCUUCUCCCUCCCCUGGGUACUUUAUAUACAUCGUCGAUCCGCUCUUCUCUUGGUUCUGCCGUUGGUAACUCUUAUGGUUUGCAUGCCGAUAUCCUCUACUGCUGGUGCAUAGGGGGAGGACGAUGAUAUCGUUUCCCAAAGUAUCGGCCUGCUGCUUUCUGACAUAGAAACUACUUGUAUUUCCUCCCCCUUCUGCCUUAGAUAUAUAUAUAUAUAUAUAUAUAUAUAUAUCAUCAGAGCACAAAAGCAAGGUUAGCAAGCAAGACAUUAGAGUUUUGGGGGGCAAGGCUAACCCAACCUCAUUGUCCUGGUCAGGUUCCUGUUGUUCUUUCCUUCCUUCACUUUGGAGUGGGGCAAGUUUGUGUGUGUGGUUGUAUAGGUGGUAGCGAGAGCGCCAUUGGCUUUCAAUUUUUAUCUCCCCCCCUUUUUUUUUUCUUCUCUUUCUCUAAGUUACCACCCGCCUACCAUUUUGCAGUUUAUAACGAUUUUGUGUUCCCCUCUCUUUCAAGUUUUUAGUUACUACUUGGUAGUAGUGUGGUUGUCGUUAUUUCAUCAGGGUUUGUUAAUAUUUUGUAAUUCAAUAUUAUUAUUAUUACGAUGAUUAUUAUUAUUAUUAUUAUGAUCAUGAUCGAAGGUAAGGUACCUCUGUUUUUGCUGGGAUGAGAAAUAAACAUGGGUGAUUUGUUGGGAUGAGAAAGAAAGCAAAAGAGGAUUGAAAUCCCGAUCACGUAUUUGCCGGAAGUGGAAUAACAGGCAGCGAGCGAGCUGUAGUUUUCAUGCGACGGUGAUUGGGACAUCUCAGCUGCGACUGCCGCCACAUCCUCUUGAUGCUGUCGCUUUCUGUGUGCCUGUGGGAUAUGGGAGUAAUAAGCUAAACGUAUAUAUGAUUGUUUAAGCCGGUUGGUUAAUGUUAGGUCCGCGUCUCUCGGGGUGGGUAAGAAAGAAAGAAUGGAGCAGUCUCUGUGUUGUGGAGUAAAGCUCGGUUCUCUUCUUUCUCAGUUAUCAGUUUGGAGGGUAAUGCAAACAUUGCACUCCCCUUUGGCAGGCAGUCAGUGGUUUGUAUGUUACGUUCCUGACAUCCAAUACAUACACUAACUGACAUUGCCAACUAUGACCUGUCUGUCUAUCUAUGCUUUAAGGAAGUUCAGUUCAGUUGACAUGAUAUGGGUCUAUUCCAUGUGUGCUUAGAUUCAAAAGUGGAGUAGAUCAAGCAGAGCAUGUGAUGUGGGUUCUAGCUAGCUAACGCGUGUGGAAUAAACAAGAGUUUGUGAGUUGGAGAAUGGGGGGAGUAGAGAACUGAGAACUCCUCUGGAUUAUUCUUUUCUUUCCUUGUACGUGAACGGUGGGAAGACAUCCUUGUUUCAAAAGAUGCAAAACUAAUAACCAAAAGGCGUUUUGCAUAACGUCGUUAGUAACAUGUGAUAUAAGCUUAAUUACUUGUCAUUGCCCAAUAAAUCAAAUGGAUCAAAUGGAUUGGUGGAUUCAUAGAUUUAGAUCAAAUGGAUUGGUGGAUUGAUCUAUGAAUCCAAAUGACAUUCAAGUCUUGGACCAUUAUGUAAAUUUUGAAAAGUUUACGUGCUAAAAUAUCAUUAUGAAAAAUUCUAGGUACCAAAAAGGUAAUUUUCCAAUAAUAUUUCUCGUAUAAAUAAAUAAAUUUUAG